AUUCCUUUGUAGCGUUGCUGAUGAAGUGAUGUAAUAAAAUUCUCACGCUGCAGAGUACUACUUAUUGUAACUUAUAUGUGGCACUGGCAAAUUAUUUCAGUCGUCAGUGCAUAAAUUGUAAUCACUGAAUACUCCGGUGCGUAACAAAGCGAGUCUGAUAUAAUUGCAAACUUAUUUGAAAUAAUUUUUGUGAAUUUAUUACAAUACAGCAUCGCAUAGUAUAAACACUGGCAAAGAAAAUGGUGAAUGGAGUAGCAGUGAUUACUAUAAGUGACACUUGUUUUAAAAAUAAUUCAAAUGAUACAUCUGGACCCUGCCUCGCUACACUUGCUAAAGAGGUUUUCCCCAAUGCAAACUUGCAUACAAUCAUUAUUCCCGAUGAGAAAGAAAUUAUUGAACGAGAAUUGAAGUACUUUAGCAAUUCAAAUAUUGACUUAAUUUUGACCACUGGAGGCACUGGUGUAAGUCCCAGAGAUGUCACUCCAGAAGCAACAAAAGCAGUGAUCAAUCGAGAAGUUCCAGCAAUUUCAGUUGCACUAACACUAGAAAGUUUAAAGAAGACACCUAUGGCUAUGUUGUCACGGUCAGUUGCUGGUAUAAGAGACAAGACAUUAAUAAUAAAUUUCCCUGGUAGUAAAAAAGCUGUUACAGAAUGCUUUGAAGUGGUUAGGCCAGUGCUCUCUCAUGCAAUUUCUCUAAUAAAAGAUGAACAAGCAGAAGUGAGAUCAAUGCAUGAUUCAAUACAAUCUGGUCAUGUUUGUCUCCACCAUAGUAGUGUGGAUAUGACAAAAGUUGCAUUCCGACCAAGAGAGUCACCAUUUCCAAUGGUAGAAAUGUCAGAGGCAUGGAAAAUUAUAGAUAGUGUAAUGUCACAAUGGACUGAACUCUUGGAAACAAUCUCUAUAGAAAAUAGUCUAGGGAGGGUGGUAGCACAGCCAUUACAUACAAAGGAACCAAUGCCGCCAUUUCCAGCUUCUGUUAAAGAUGGUUAUGCAUGCAUCAGCUCAGACGGUGCAGGCGUGCGUAAGGUACGAUCUGUGUUGACAGCGGGUGACGCCCCCACUCAGCCCCUGAUACCAGGCGAGUGUGUCAGGAUUAAUACUGGUGCCGCCCUCCCAACUGGAGCCGACUGUGUUGUACAGGUAGAAGACACGAAACUGGUGUCGGCUUCGGACGAUGGCGAGACAGAGUUCGAGGUGGAGAUUAUGGUGGCGCCAAGUUCUGAUCAAGAUGUCCGACCUAUUGGCUUUGAUAUACCCUUGGGCGCAAUGCUUGUGAAUACAGGUGACGUUCUUGAUGCUGCGUCAAUUGGUCUCUUGGCGGGAGCUGGAUAUAAGAAUGUGACUGUCAAAGCACAUCCGAAGGUGGCGCUACUUUCAACGGGAAAUGAGUUGCAAGAACCAUCGGAAAAGAAUCUUCGUCCUGCGCAUAUACGAGAUUCAAAUAAAACAAUGUUGAAGAUAUUGCUUAGAGAGCAUGGGUACGAGAGUAUAGACUGUGGCAUCGCUCGUGAUUCACCUGCGCAGUUGACUUCCGCUCUUGCGACGGCCAUGCAACGUGCCGACGUGGUGGUGUGUACCGGGGGUGUUUCUAUGGGCGAGCGGGAUUUACUCAAGCCAGUGCUGCUGAAGGAUUUCAAUGCAACUUUACACUUCGGCCGCGUACGUAUGAAGCCGGGAAAACCAAGUACAUUUGCUACAUGUCAGUUCGAAGGGAAAAUAAAAUAUAUAUUUGCAUUACCAGGCAACCCUAUAUCAGCGUACGUGUGCUGCCUGGUGUUCGUGGUGCGCGCGUUGCGGGCGAGCUGCGGCCUCAAUCCGGAGUGGCCGCGACUGAACGUGCGGUUGGCGGCCGCCGUUCCGCUCGACCCCCGCCCCGAGUACGCGCGGGCCACGCUGCGAGCACGCUACGACUACUGCGACGACCUGCCUAUUGCUACGUUGAUUGGGAACCAGUGCAGCAGCCGGCUACUGAGUGCUUGCGGAGCGGGUGUGCUGCUCGAGUUGCCGGCGAGGAAGGUCGCUCACCAAGAACUGCCGGCCGGUAGCAUUGUGUCGGCGCUCGUUACCGGCAGCCUGCACCUCACCAGCACUCAACACGAAUCAUAAAAUAAGCAAUUGGACCCAGUUUAGCUGACUGAACUCGAUCCGCGUCAAGUCAGCUUUGUUUUUAACAUUUUUUAUGUUAUGUUAAAUUGACAACCAAGCUGAUGAUAAAUGGUAAUUGUCGGUUAUGUACAUUAACAGCAAGACGGUUGUCAUCUUUUACCCUGUAAUUGCAUUCGUCUCUUGAAGCAAAACACAGCUUACAAAGCAAUCUUGUUGGCAGAAAUAAUCGAAAUACUCACGCAGAUGACUUUAUCAACUCUAUUCGCGAUGAUAUUGUGUUUAUUAGUAAUACUUUAUUGAAUUUUAUUUAACAUCAUUACAGUCGUUCAAAAAUUCGAAUCAUAGUAUUGGUUUGUUUUACUGAUGUCCUGAUUCAUCCAGAUAAUCUCAUAUAAGAUUCGAGCGAGCAUCAUAUAUAAGUUCAUUCUGCCAAAUUAUGUCUAACAACUUAUUAAAUAUUAAUGAUCUAUUCAUUGUUAUGUACAUAUUGAGAAUUUAUUAUAAAAUGUUUGUAUUUUAUCAUUGUUUAGAAUGUUUUUGUUUUAAAAUGGAAAUCAUGUAACAGUGCUGUGUGGUAGUGGUAGUCGUAUAAUUGUUGAAAUCUCAUUAAAAUAAUAUUU